AUGGCGCUCAACAACUCGAGCGGCGCCACGAGCAUCGCCCGCGUCUAUGCCGAUGUCAACGCAAACAUGCCCCGCUCCUACUGGGACUACGACUCGGUCAACAUCUCGUGGGGCGUGCUGGAAAACUACGAGGUCGUCCGCAAGAUUGGCCGCGGAAAGUACUCCGAGGUCUUUGAGGGCAUCAACGUUGUCAACUACCAGAAAUGCGUCAUCAAGGUCCUCAAGCCCGUCAAGAAGAAGAAGAUCAAGCGUGAAAUCAAGAUUCUGCAAAAUCUGUCGGGCGGCCCCAACAUUGUCUCGCUGCUCGACGUGGUGCGCGAUAACCAGAGCAAAACCCCUUCGCUCAUAUUCGAAUAUGUCAACAACACCGACUUCCGCAGUCUGUACCCCAAGUUCCAGGACUUUGAUGUGCGCUUCUACAUCUUCGAGCUGCUCAAGGCCCUCGACUUCUGCCACAGCAAGGGUAUCAUGCACCGCGAUGUCAAGCCUCACAACGUCAUGAUUGACCACGAGAAGCGAAAGUUGCGCCUGAUUGAUUGGGGUCUGGCCGAGUUCUACCAUGCAGGAACAGAGUACAACGUCCGCGUUGCGUCGCGUUACUUCAAGGGUCCCGAGCUGCUAGUCGACUUCCAGGAGUACGACUACUCGCUCGACAUGUGGUCGCUGGGCGCUAUGUUUGCCUCGAUGAUUUUCAGGCGAGAACCCUUUUUCCACGGCAACAGCAACUCGGACCAGCUGGUCAAAAUUGCAAAGGUCCUUGGCACUGAGGACCUCUUCGACUACCUCGACAAGUACGACAUUGAACUGGAUGCCCAGUACGACGACAUACUCAGUCGAUAUCCCAAGAAGCCCUGGCACUCGUUUAUCAAUGCCGAGAACCAGCGCUUUGUCAGCAACGACGCCAUUGACUUCCUUGACAAGUUGCUACGAUAUGACCACCAGGAACGACUUACUGCCCAAGAGGCCAUGUCGCAUCCUUACUUUGCUCCUGUCCGACAAGCUGCGCAGCAGAACAGCACCGCAGCAUGA